UUUUCUCCUCGUGCUUUUAUUCAUUCUCUGCGGUCCCAUUUUUCAGUUUUGGUUUUGUGUGAGAUUCUCUUCUCUUCCCAUUCGCCACUCUCACUUUCACCAAUGGCUUCCUCUACUUCCCUUUCUCUCACUUUACCUAUAUUUUCUUCUUCUUCUCCAUCUUCACGCCUUAACCCUCUCCCCUCAUUUUCCCUCCAUUCCCGAAUCACCCACAAACCCCUUCACCUUCAAAACCCUCUUCUUUUUCCCAAGAUUCGCUCCCUCCUUCAACAAACCAGAGCUACACCAGUUAACAAAGAUCUGUGGGAUAAUUCGAUUCUGAAAAGUGAAACUCCGGUCCUUGUUGAGUUCUAUGCAAAUUGGUGUGGCCCGUGCAGGAUGGUACACCGAGUUAUUGAUGAGGUUGCAACUGAGUAUGCUGGAAGACUCAAGUGCUUUGUACUCAACACAGAUGCUGAUAUGCAAAUUGCUGCAGAGUAUGAAAUUAAGGCUGUACCAGUGGUUUUGUUGUUUAAAAAUGGCAAGAAAUUUGACGCCGUAGUUGGCACCAUGCCAAAGGAGUUUUAUGUGUCUGCAAUCGAGAGGAUGCUCAAUUGACGGAUAAACUUUUGUUGUUACAGGUCAUGUUGAAUUUUGGUUAAAAGUUCCGGUUAUCUUGUCCGGCUGCUCAACAUUACUGAGUUCUUUCUGUAAAUACUUUGAUUUACUUUUCCUCGCAUUAGCUAGGUGCGACGACCCCGAGAGUCUGCUUUUAUAUAGUAACAAAUAUUCGGACUUCUAUCCCAGAUCUUCUUUGAAAAGUAGUGUUUAGGUUCAUGUUGAAUUUGUAUGUUUGUUUGGUACCUGAUUUGAACAGCAUCUGUUGUUCUUGCAAGUACGAUGUGAUUUGAUUAGCAUGGGCUUAUUUUCCCAUUACUCAA